AGGUACAUUCAGGAGCCGGUGCAUGCCCAGUACAGUCAGUACUUGCCAACAGAAUUUGUGGAACAGCACACAGUUGUCAUGGCUACACGUAUUGCAGUGGUGACUGGGGGCAACAAAGGCAUUGGAUUUGGUAUAGUGAGAGAACUAUGUGGUAACUUUGAUGGUAAAGUUUACCUGACCGCUCGUGAUGAAGGAAGGGGUCGUGCUGCCAUUGAGGAGCUGAGUAAGGUUGGACUUUCUGCUCAUUUUCAUCAGCUUGAUGUUGAUGAUGCAGAGAGUAUUGCUAAUUUGGCUGAUUAUAUCAAGAAGACCUAUGGUGGUUUUGAUGUGCUGGUCAACAAUGCUGCCAUUGCUUAUAAG